AUGUCUACAUCUUCGGCACAUUCUGCGACGGUGGUGGCUACAGAAACGGUACCAACAACAAUUAUACCCAUGCAUUUGCAUCAUCAUCAACCCCAGCAUCCCCACUCUCAAACGACGAGUCACAGUCAUGAGCCACAGUCACAGCAAGAGCAACAACAUCAAUCUCAUCAACAAAAUGUUCAACAACAUACACAGCCAACGCUAAUACAACCAUCACCAACCCAAUCAUCCCAAGCUAAUACAUCAUCAUCAUCAAUUGUUACGACGAGCAGUGCGGCCUCGGCCCUGCUCCAGCAAACAACUCUAUCGUGUGAUACUCAAACGCCAAACGCCGCAACCAAUCAUCAUCAUAGUCUUGUUGCUGCACCCCAACCUCAGGCUACUACAAUAUAUGUACAAAACUAUGCCACAGCAACACCGAUUAUAGUACAUCCAACGGAUAAUACCACCACUACAUAUAUGGCCAAACUGACAGCUUUACCACCGUCGUAG